AUGGAGAAACCUGAGGAAUGCCACCGCGUGGAAAAAUUGUGGAAGUGUGGCAACUGCGGGAAAUGCUUCCAUUUCCCGUCUGACCUGAAGAUCCAACGGUGCAGUCACACCAGAGAGAGGCUGUUCUCCUGCCCAGAAUGUGGGAGGGACUUCAUCCAGGCCUCCGGCGUCGUGGCUCACCAGCGAGUCCACACCGGGGUGAGGCCCUUCAACUGCCCCAAGUGUGGGAAGGCCUUUACUCAGGCCUCCGCCCUCCUGAGGCACCAGCGGGUACACACAGGGCAGAGGCCGUUCACCUGCUCUGAGUGCGGAAAGGGGCUUACGUUUUUCAGCAACUUGCGGAAGCACCAGCGCUCCCUACAAUUGGAUUCCACCGGUGACGCUGCUGUGAGUCACUCCCAGGAUUGA